GUUCAAGGCUGAGAGUUUCGCACGACCCACUAGCCUUCUCAGCAUGCGGUUCAAAUCACAGAUACAAGAUAUUGCGACGUUCAUGAAGCUUGCAGCUUCUCUUUCAUCUCUCUCACCACUUGCAUGGAUUAGACUCGGUGAGCGGGAAGUCCGCGUUACGAUUAUACCAGAGCAAGGUCCCCAAGUGUGGGCGGUCCUUUCAAUCGAUGCACUUUUUGAAGCGUACACGAUUCAGUCAGCGGCGAAAAAUAUCAUCAACCUUGAGGUGCCGCUCUUACCACUCCUCCGUGCUCUCAAAUCUGCGCUUACAUCGUCCUACACUUCCAUUCGCUUGACUAAAAAGAAUGGCGUACCGCUUCUUUCACUUACAAUCAUCACAUGUUCCAUUGGCAGUACAGCAAUCAACUCAGUUGCACAUGAUGGCAAUUUCUAUUUCAAUCAUGCUAGUAACAUUAUCCGCGACACGAGUACGAACACAGAAUCAAUGGGUCAAAGAGAGACCGUAAUUACACAGGAUAUACCUGUUAGAGUGCUAAGCCAGCAUCUGGUAGAGGGACUGCAUGAGCCCCGCUGUCGAGAACCAGAUGUGCACAUACAGCUUCCUCCAUUAGCGCAGAUUAAAACAGUGUCUGAUCGAUUCACGAAACUAGCUCUUGCUGCUCGUUCCGCCAAUUUUGGACUCGGCAGCACCGGAGCAAAGCUUGAAAUAAAGGCUAACAUGCACGGCUGUCUUAGGCUUAGUAUAUACACCGAUGCAAUGAAUAUAUCAAGUACUUGGACAGGGCUUCAUAAUCCCGAACUCGAUCCUAAUCAAGUACUUGGUGGUGAGGAAGGUGUGCAACAGCACCCCAGCACCUUGAUGAGAGCUGUUGGCUCCGCAGAUGGCAAAGAUGAUGCAGGGUGGGCAAGAGUACUCGUCGACGGUCGCGAUUGGGGAAAAGUCCUCAAUGUUGGGCGCUUAAGUGGCCGAGUCAUUGCCUGCUUCUGUCAUGAUCAAGCGUUAAUACUCUACGUAUAUUUGGCUAGCGAGGGUAGUGGGGAAGACUCAGUCAUAACGUACUAUAUCAGCUCAUACAGCGCAUGAAGAGCUUAUGAUUUAAAAUUUACUAUGAGAAUUUUUUUCUGUCGGAAAAUUUGAGACAUUUUUAGGUUCAGAUAGCUUGUUUAUCGUCCUGUUUCUCAGGCUUUUGGUAUCCUUGCGAUCUUUUUGGCAUAUAUCCUACCUUGUUAAUUUUUAUACUGCAAGAGUCACAGAACUACUUGAACAUGAGAGAGCAAACGUUGUAACCGAAGAUGCUCAAUUCAAUAACGAGUGUACUUGCUAUACAUGCUAGAUACAAAGCAAGGCGUUGCAAAAAAAGGAGAAGAAUGGAAAAAAGUUCUGCUAAGAACAAAUAUCGUAACC